AUGAGCAACAUUAAAGUAGUGGCUUAUUCGAUUCUUACAUUGGCUAUUUUCACAAUAUGCUGCAAAGCAAUAGAAAGCGAUGAAGAUUCGGAAGAUAAUGAACUAGACAGCCAACGUAGAUUUAUCGUUCAAGAAUUGAUUAGAAAAUUUAGCAAGCGUCAGUCUGCAUGCACUGAUCCUAAGAAUCGUUAUGAUAUAUAUUGUAGUGGCACUGGUUCGGGUGCUUGUGGUAAAACUUAUAAAUACGGCUGUGUACAAGCUUCUACUGGUGCUGGUUGUUACUGUGAUAAUGUUUGUACUACUACUGGUUGUCCAGUACCUUCUACUAACGCUUGUACUGGUACUGGUAAAACGUGUUACCCUAAUGCUGCUCCUACUUCUAUGUAUAAUUGUUGCAAAGGUGUUUGUUGUGGUACUACUAAUAUUAACAGCGUUUGUUGUAAUCCUGGUGAGCAGUGUUGCUCUCGUUGGUAUACUAUUGUUCGUACUUGUAAGCCAUCGUGUUAA